CUGUGAGUGCAAUGCGAAGAUUUGCGGCAUGUGUUCUCAGAAAGUCAGAAUUCCAUUCCAACGCUAGCGAGGCGAGAUUUUGAUACCGUGAAUUAUAAUCGAGAACUGCGAAGACAUGGACAAAAUCGAAAUGUCACUCGAUGACAUAAUUAAAGAAGAGAGUAUACGGCCUAGAUCAAGAUCCAGGUCUAGAUCAAGAUCUAGAUCUAGAUCAAGAUCUCAGUUCCGAUCUAGAUCUCAGUCCCGAUCCAGAUCUCAGUCCCGAUCCAGGUCUCUGUCCCGAGCGAGAUCUGAAUACCGAUCUAGAUCCCACUCCAGGGCUCCAUCUAGAUCCCGAUCAAGGGCAAGAUCAUGUGCCCCCGAUAGCCCAAGUUUUUACGAGCAGCACAGCAGUAAUUAUCGGCGAAGGACGAAAUCAAUCGAUUCACAGCCCAGAGUCAUCAGUGGGUUAUAUACCAGGAAAAAUUUGAACAGACCCAAAUUUAAUGGAUCGCAGCCCAAGAGGCUGGAUUUCAAUGUCACCAAGGGGCACAGACCUAUCAGAGACCAUCAGGAUCCUAUCAGAUACCAGAAUCCAUAUUUCAGAUCCUCAAGAGAAAGUAGAACUAUCCACGGCUCAAGACCUCACACAGCCACAGACUUUCGCAGCAAAUACCCUGAUAAUAGGUACUAUUCAAACCCGAGGCCGCGCAAUCCUGUGCAAUUGUGGAACGACGGUCAUAGAGCCAAUCCUAGAGCACUAAGCCUUGUCAAUAACUAUUACCGUCAAAAUUAUGGAGGCUUUCAACGCAAAGUGCUAAAAACUAUACAGAUUUGUGUUUUUGCCCUACAGCAGUCCUGGACCUCUUAUCACCAAAGAACUGCUUAUGAAAACCAGAACCAUCAACAGUUCCACCCGAAUAACAAUUCAUUUGAACGAGACCUUGUAAGCAAGCCUCGCCUAAAUAGGAAGCUACAAGAGAGCAUUUGCGAGGAACAAGAUUAUUUGUUUGAUCCAUCGUACUAUUAUACCCCUCUACCAUACAUCAAACAAGAAAGUGAAACUAACUCUGCAGCACUAAAUCAUACGACAGUUUUCCCUACCCAUGAAAGAUUCAAGACCUACCUGGAAAGAUGGUAGGGGUGAAAUUCAACAAAUCUAUUCAACUGAAACGUCAGGGAAAUACACAUUCGACGGGAAUCCAAGCACCAGCUUUUAUUCUAGGUUACCCUUGUCAGAUCCUGCCACAUUUCCUCAUUUUUUGUUUUUUUUAAUUUUACUCCAUGACAUUUUGUCUUUGUUAGUUUUUUUUUUUUUUUUAUUGAAGAAUUCUAGACUUUAUGAUUUCAUAGUAAAAGUUUCUCCUCAUAAGUACGUUUUCUUUAACUUCAAAUUUGUGUGAUACUGGUUUCAAUAGACACUGUUCGUAGGUGUUCAAUCGCUCUUAAUGAUUUGGAAAAUGGACACAUUUACGUAAAACAAGUAUCUCCUAUCAAUUUAUUUUGCAAAUGUACAUCCUUGGCAUAAAUUCAUCCUCUUCAAUUAAUUGGUGCUAUUAUUCCAAGAUUGAAUUUUUUGGCAUUUAGGUCCCUCUUCCUGUGGACAGUGACAUCCUCACCAAUCGAUCAUAUUCGAUAAUGAUGGUUUGAUGUAUUGUUUGGUUCAAAACAUUAGAACAUAACCUCAAAUAAAAAUUUUAUGAUUACAGUAGGAAAAGCUGAAUAUGAGAAAAUUCCUAAUGAUUUCACUUUUCAUUGUCAUUAAUUACUCACAAGAAUAAAAAACCUCUAACAAGAAAACUGUUCCCUCAGAUUACUCAAUUAACUUUUGAGGCUAUGUUCACAUGUUGAACCAAUGGAUAUCAUUACAAUCUCACCUGUAUGAUGUAUCGAAUACGAUCUAUAGUUUUUUCAGGGUCAAAAUUAUUUGUCAAGCUGCACUGUCAGCGAAAUACUCGAAUGAAAAUUAUAUUGAGUUUUCACAGGCAUAUUUGAUGUUCAGAAGUUUUUGUAAGUGACGUAGAAUUUAAUGUUUUUCAAUUUCAUCAUAUAAAUUUGGCUUCAAAAAUAGGUGAAGAUCUCGCAUGGGGAUGCAUAAAAAAUUUUUAGUGCUGAAACUAAAAAUGUCACCAACCUCAAAACUAUGUGAAACCUCCAAAACUAUUACUACCAAGUAUUUUGUCUUGAUUUCAUUGAUAACAAGUCUUAAAUUGUGUGCUCUUCUUUCUAGUUCCUUGUAUAGUUCAAUGUGCCCAAUUAUCCUUUGAAGAAUCUAUUUGAUUGUUCUUUAUCCCAUAGAUAGAGUGAAUUACUUUUUCCGAAUGCCCGAUGGGACCAAUCCUCUGUGUUUUUAGCUAAUAGAGCAUAAAAUGACAGCAGUUUUUUUUUUUUUAUCAUCCUUGGAAAUUGAAUUUUCAAUUGAAUGUAUUUCAUUAGGGCUAAAAUGAGACUCAUUUUGGAAAAUUUGAUUUUACAACUAAUUCAUAGGUAACAGAAAACCAUCCAAAUCUCUGUCUGUUGUAACAACCAAAAAUACCCAGGAUCAGUCUCAAUGAAUACUCAGAUAAACAUAUUUACUCUUCUUGUAAGUGAAAGAAAAAAAAAGUAAGGUUGUAAGGUUGUAACUCUUUUUGUAAAGUGGAAAACAAAUAGUUCAAAUUUUCACUGCAAAUGGGCGAAUUUUGUCGUUCGGCUGAUGAAACUUCGUCAUCAGGAAGAGGUGGAGAAGUACUCAGGCAUUUAUUUUUGACUGCUAUAUAAAAUUUAGCCCUUGAUCUCGCCCAGCAUGCCCCAGUUUUUUGCAACUUUGAUGUUCUGAAAAACUCUUACACUGUCGGAAAAAAGGAUUUCAUUUUUAGUUUUAGCGCUAAAAAUUCAUCAGGAAUCACCAUCUAAGAAUCUCGCGUCAUAUUGCCUGUAGACCUUUGUGUUUGAAAAAUAGGAAGAAAAAUGAAUGGCUUCUGUUAAAAAGUUGGCUCUUCUUGUUGCCGUUUAUCACUGAAAACUUUAUUGGUGUAACUCGCCUUUGAUACGUUCUGAAAAUGGUCAGGGGUUUCACCUAUUUCUCCAAUUCAGAAAAAUUGUUGUUUUUUUAAUUCUCCUUAACUAUUAUUAUUAUUAUUCUUUUAGUUUGUUUAAGUUUAAAUCUUUCUUUUCUAUCAGAAGAUGAAUUGAAUGAAUUCAUUUAUUAUAUUAAAAUUUGUUAAAACAAAAAAUAAAACAAAAAAAUUUGUUAUUAACAAAUUGUUUUUGUUAUAAAAAUGAUUCUCCUUAACUAUUAUUAUUAUUAUUAUUAUUAUUUUUUUAGUUCGUUUAAGUUUAAAUCUUUCUUUUCUACCAGAAGAUGAAUUGAAUGAAUUCAUUUAUUAUAUUAAAAUUUGUUACACCUUCAUUUUGUUCUCUAUUUUUGUAUGGCUCACAAUUUGUAUACAUGUCGCAGGCAAA